AUGUUGAAAAGUACUUCCUCAAUGGAUGAUGAUUCUAGAGACGGGAUUCUUAUAUUGCAAGGGCUCGAUUAUGAAAAAAAAUACUAUUCAAAUAUAGGCAUGGGUAGUCAUAAAAAACUUUACCCGGGUUUUUUUAGAUAUAUAUUAAGAAGAUUAGUAGAAUAUAAUGCUAAAAAGUUUUUGUCUGAUGAAGCUUGUGCUAGAAUAAUUACUGAGAUAUUACUUAAAACUGAAGGAAUCCUUGUGAUGAAUAAGUGCAAUUCAAUUUUCAAAUCACUUGAUCUUGAGGUAAAAGACACUCCAAAGUCUUCAUUUAUAAAGAUUUUAACACAGUAUGGAGCCAAUAUAGAGCAUAUUUUAAGAAUUGUUGAUUCUUUAAAGGAAGCAGAACGAGGAUAUAAGGGUGAUCGGUCUACAACCUCUAGUUAUAUGUUCUUAAAUUGGAUGGUGGCAGCACUAGAAGAAUAUAAAGACUCUAGGUGGAAUAAUAUGAUAGAAAUAUGCAGAUCCAUUAUGAUGUCAUCUUAA